AUGGACGGAGAUUCCAGCCAGUGGAGGCCACCCCUGCCCCGAUGUCCUCACUGUAGGGGACGCCACUCGGGGGAGUGUUAUCGUGCCACGGGCGCUUGCUUUACCUGUGGCCAGCAGGGCCACUUUAUGAGGGAUUGUCCACUCAGGGGCGGUGCAGGGGGAGCAGCUCAGCCUACCGGGUCAAUUGUCGGUUCGUCUUCCCCUUCUGUAUCUAUGCGCCCGAUGGGGCGGGGCAUACUGACCCCAGCAGGCUGUGGCGGAGCCCUCAGUUCUGGCGGUCCAUCAAACCGCCUAUAUGCAUUGACCCGUAGCCAGGAUCAGGAGGCGCCACCGGACGCGGGUACAGGUUAUGCCUCUAGCAAUAGAGGGUAUGACUAUGAAAGUGACGGAGGUUAUGAGGGAGUUGACGAGAGGUAUGACCAUGAUGGUGGGCAUCACUAUUCUUACAAUGAAUAUGAUGGUGAUGGUGCUCAUAGAUCAAAUGAAGAAUAUGGUCGAUAUGAUCAUAACCCGUAUAAGGGUGAAGAAUACUACUCUGAGGGCAAUUGUGAGGCAACACCUCAUGAGGCUUAUGACGAAGAAGGAGUAGAUGAUUAUAACGAAGAGUCCUAUGGUGGAUACGAGCAUGAAGAGUCUCAUUCUACACGACUUGGACAUGGAGGUUAUGCCUCUAGUAAUGGAGGGUAUGACUAUGAGGGUGACGGACGCUAUGAGGGAGAUGACAUGGGAUAUGAGCAUCACUAUUCUUACAAUGCAUAUGAUGGUGAUGGUGCUCAUAGACCGAAUGAAGAAAUGGUCAAUAUGAUCAUAACUUGUACGAGGGUGAAGAAUACUACUCCGAGGGCAAUUGUGAGGCAACACCUCAUGGGGCUUACGAAGAAGGAUUAG